AUGAAGUCUCUUACAAGCAUCGCUAUCGCAGCGGCUUUUGCACUUUUCGCCAGCUAUUCCUCAGCAUCCCCCACGUCCUACUGCAACGGCAAAUCCAACAAGAUCUGUUACACCUGGGCCGUCCCAUCCUCAACAGCCUCGUCCAGUUCCGGCAACUUGUUCAUCCGUAUCCAAGCUCCCGCCGAAUACCAAUGGGUUGGCCUCGGCACAGGUGAUAAAAUGAGCGGCUCAACCAUGUUCGUCAUUUACCAAGAUGGCACUGGUAAAGUCACCUUGAGCACGAGGAUGGGACAUGGCCAUGAGAUGCCGGAGCAUAGCCGCAUGCGCUCUGUCAAGCUUAUCGAGGGCAGCGGGGUCGUGAACAAGACAAUGGUGGCGAAUAUACAAUGUGGCGAUCUGGGAAACAUGCACUUCAAGGGGUCGAAUCAUUGGAUUAGUGCUUGGAAGACUGGAAGUUCUUUGCACACGACUGACAUUGAUGCUGAUAUUGAAGAACACGAUGGGCACAAUAGCUUCUCAGUUGACUUUUCUGAAGCUGUUGUAAGCUCUAAUAGCAACCCUUUCAUUCACAUGUCGAUUGCUACACCGAGUGGUGCAGCGUCUGGUGGUGGCGGGGGUGAAGUUAACACCAGCACCAUCCACGGUAUCAUCAUGUCGGUCGUCUUCCUACUGGGCUAUCCUCUCGGAUCUCUGUUAAUGCCUAUAAUCGGAAAGUGGUUCAUCCACGCUACGUGGCAGAUGAUUGUCUUUAUCGGCAUGUGGGCUGGGUUUGUUGCUGGCAAGUUGGCCGCCGACCGUAACGGUGAUUGGUUCAGCGCUCCGCAUGUCAUAAUCGGUACAGUCGUUUGCGGUUUGAUGGCCAUCCAGCCAAUCUUGGGAUGGCUACAUCACAGGAACUAUACCAAGUAUCAGCGACGAACAGGCGUCAGUCAUGCUCACAUUUGGUACGGUCGAGCUCUGAUGGUCCUUGGAAUUGUUAACGGCGGUCUCGGUUUGCAGCUCGCUGGUGCAUCCAUGAAACUCAUUAUCGGCUAUGGCGUGGUUGGUCUGGUGACGUCUUUGAUGUAUACUGCAGGCGCUGUUCGCAAGAUGCUUAGGGGACGAAAGAAGCAUCAGCAUGAGCCUCUGAAGUACAAUGGUUCAUAUAGCGCGGUAGCAUUGAUCUGA